CGCACUAUUCCCUAUCAAGACUUCAGAAAGCUAUCACAAAGGCUCCGGGAACCUGUUUCAUUCCCUCCUCCUCUUCCAAGACAGAUCUCAGCUCGAUCCUGCCUCGACUCGAGUGCCUAAUCCUUUUUUUCCUCGUCCUUCCUUGUCUUGACUUACCCGACGUCUCCUGGGAUCGUCAGUCUGGUACUUUGUCCGACAAGCAAACAUACUCCCUCCCCGGCUCUCUCUUCCAUCCCUCAACAGACAGAAACUGUAACCAAACCACCAUGACAACUCUUGAAAUAUCCAUCCCAACAACCUCUCUCGCCACAUCACCGGGAAAACCACACACGGUCUACCACAUUCUCCUCCGCCUCCCUCUCCGCUCGAUAACCGUCAAAAAGCGCUACAAUGACUUUGUCGAGCUACACUCGCGACUAACCGACACAGUCGGCAGCGUGCCGCCCAAGCCGCUUCCACCAAAGUCCUACUUCUCUCGGACCGUCGGCAACCCCGCGAUGACUGAGGAGCGUCGAGAUGGGCUGGAAAAAUACCUCCUGGGGAUCCUGCACUCGGGCGAUCCUCGCUGGCGUGACUCACCUGCCUGGAGAACCUUUUUGAACUUGCCUGCGAAUUGGUCUGCUGGAUCGUCGGCCGCGUCGAGCGUGAGCCUUGUGGGAUACACGCCGGGUAUAGGGGGGGGAGGCGGGCCGAUUACGGAUCCGACCUUGUGGUUGGAUACUCAUCGGGAAUUGAAGACGCUGCUACACGAUGCGAGGAUGUACUUGUCGAAGCGCGAUCAAGCGGGGUCGGCUGGGGAACAGCAUGAGGCAUCUGCGGGGGCUAAGCGUUGUCUCGUCAAGGUUGGCUCUCUAAUCACCGCGCUGGAUAACGGACUCAAAGAGGUUGGUAAUGGUGGAAGGGGCAAUAAUGGAUGGGGAGCAGGCAAGGAAGGCAAGGAACUACUUGAUGGAGAGAUCCGACGACGAAAAGACUUGGUCUCAUCAGCCCGUAAGGAACGGGAUGGCCUAGAAUCCCUAGCAAAUUCGCUCGCCUCCAAGCGGGCUGCCCAAAACUCUUCUGUUGCCGCCAUGGCAGCCGACAAGAAUGCCCUCUUUACAGGGGCGAGCGCGAGUAAGAACACUUUCGGUGGUGGCAGAGUUCUCGGCGCACCACUACCGGAAACGGAACGUACCAGGGAACUAGAUAACCGGGGUGUACUGCAGCUUAAUGACCAGUACAUGCGAGAGCAGGACAGAGUCGUGGAGGGCAUGUUGAAGAACGUUGGUCGGAUGAAGGAAAUCGGGGUAGCUAUUGGCGAGGAGAUUGAUCUUCAGAAUAAGAUGCUGGAAGAUCUUGAUCGUGAUGUUGACAAGCCAUCGGCAAAAAGAUGAAAGUCGCAAAGAAACGUGUAAACAAGAUAUCAUAGAGGGAGUUCAUUAUACAAACACGCACACCCAGACACUGUGCGGGAUACCGUGUGGUGGUUGUACUAAUAUGGCGCUGGAGUUUUUUUUCCCUUUCCUUUCUCCCUCUCUCCUUCCACCCCCACUUUACUAAACCUAUUGUCGUUAUCACUAAUCUCUUAUUUCUUCCUUCCCUUUCCUUCCCUAUUUACAUAGGUGUUCUCGUAUCCCGGUUUUUGUUUUGUAUUUUUUUGUAACUUUAUUUACCCACCUCCUUACCAUGUGCCUGUUCGGAAUCUUGCAAUGCGGAAUUAUUAUUAUGAGUUUUCAA